AUGAGUUACGACAAAUCUAACAUUCAAGUUUUGGUUGUGGACCAUGAUGAUGAGUCUUUGGCAUCACUCACUAAUAUACUUAUGACAUGGCAAUACAAAGUUCAAACUGCCAAAGAUGCUCACCAUGCUUUGGCCACUCUUCGAGACUCUCAAAUCUUGUUUGAUCUAAUAAUCAGUGAGUUUCAUAUAUUUGGAAUGAAUGGAUUUGAAUUCCAAAAGCAAAUUCAAGAUGAAUUUCAACUCCCUGUCAUAGUGAUGUCUAAAGACAAUAGAGAGGACAUAAUCUCCAUGACUUUAGAACAUGGAGCAGCACACUACAUGGUUAAACCAUUUUGUCCAGAAGACUUUAGAGAUAUUUGGAAGUAUGCAGUGGAAGGAAAGAAAAAUAGACUAUUUAUUGAUAGUUUAUUUGCGGAAAGUGAAGAAGAAGAAACAAAAAAUAAAUGUAGUAAAAGAAAGAGUUUUGGUGAUCACCAAGAUGAAGGAGAGUUUGGAGUUGUUAAGAAACCAAGGCUCGUUUGGACUAAUAAUCUUCACAGUCGAUUUUUGAAUGCUAUAAGACAGAUUGGAUUGGGAGAUGUUGUGCCAAAGAAAAUUUUGGAGAUAAUGAAUGUUCCAAACUUAACAAGAGAAAAUGUAGCCAGUCAUUUACAGAAGCAUCGAAUGUUUCUGAAAAGUGUACAAGAGAAAGGAAUGGAAGGAGGAGUUUCUCAGAGAGCUUUAAAUUCAAAAUUUGCAUCGGAUCUUCCAAUUUCUGUCGUCAAUGAAAUCGCAGAAAGAAGAAAAAACAGACGAUAUUCAAACCUUUCAGUUUUUCAGGCGAAAAACUCCUUCAAUGAUGGUGCUUCUACUAGCAAUUCAUCAAACCCUUCACUUUUUCAAGCGAAAAACUCAUUGAAGGAUGGUGCGUCUACCAGCAAUUCAUCAAACCUUUCACUUUUUCAAGCAAAUAACUCAUUUAAUGACGGUACUUCUACCGGCUAUCCAUCAUAUGGAGGAAGAAAAGGAACGAUGGCUGCUUCGUUUUUGUCAUCAAGUUUCUUAACCAGGAACUUAAAAUUUGGUGAUACUAGUUACCGAAAUCAAAGUAUAGUUGGAAAAGAUUCGUUCAAUCAUUUCAAUUAUGGUGGGAAGAACUGGAGCGUUGGAUCUACAAGCAAGUCUAACAUUUUGCCUAACGUUACUUUUUCUUCAAUCAAGAUUAGAUCAACUGAAGUGGGAACAGGAACUACGAAUAAAGGAAAGUUUGAUAAUGUUAUUCCAUAUAGCUUUGGGUUUAAUUUUACGGGUCGAAAUGAAAAUACGAAUUUUAGACCUUGGUUGAAUGAAAAGUCCGGUUUGGUUCAUGGAGGCUUUGGGUUGGAAUUAGUUUCAGAGGCUAAUGGAGUAAAUGCUUCUGAGGCUGAUAAAUCAAAGGCUGCUGUUGAAAAUGAGGAACACCAUAAGAAUGCUAAUUCCAUCAAUGAGAUGAAUGAGAACAAUGAUGCAAGUCUUCUUCUGAAUUCUGACCUCUUUAAUUUCUAUCAAGAUGUGCAACCCCUUGAGAAGUUACAUAAAGAUGGAGAUAAUAUCGAUCCUCAAGCUGGAAUUUCAUCCUCUGUGUUGAAUGAGUCACCAAUAAGUUCGAAUCAAAACCCUAAUCAGGCAAGUAUAUCAGCUACUGAUCAGGCAAGUACAUCAGCUAAUAAUCAGGAAUUUGAUAUGGAUCUUAUCGGAGAAUUGCUUGGAACGUCUAUGGAAGAUUAUUGUUUGGAUUGA